UCACAUCAACAAAUCAAAAUGUUCUCACCUCACUUAUAAAUCUUCUAGUUAAUUUUCUGUUGCACUUUUGGAACAAAUCUCUCUAAAUUUUUUCUUCUUCUUUCAAUUGAGCUUUCACUUCAAGUGUGUUAUGGCAAAUCUUGGAACUACUACGCAUAGAACACCAACCACAUCAACACCUUCAUCAAUUGCAGAAACAUACCAACCAAAAGGAUCUCAUGAAAAACUCUACACCGAUUUCAAAAUUUACUGGCCCUUUAGCAUUCCAUCAACUUCAGAAGCUGCAGCGAUUCGCGUCAUUACAAAUUUAGAAAAUCUUGGACUAUACUACACACUUUUUGUGUGGAUCAUACUCUUCAUCAUCCUUAUUCCUUAUCAUAAAACAUCAUUGAUUCUGUUGGUUAUAAUGACCUAUGUGAUAACCAUUUAUCAUUUGCUCCUAAGAGCAUGCCCCAACAAUGUUGUGUUUCAUAGAAGAAUAGAUAAAAGGUUUGUAAUUGGCUUGUUAGUGUUUGUUACUGUGGUGGAACUGGUUUUGACAGAAGCAGGGAUUCAUCUAGCAGUUACUUUAGCUUGUGCUGUGCCUCUGGUUUUGUUGCAUGCUGUUUUGUGGGUUAGUCACUAUUAUGUUGUUGAGGUUGAGGAUGCUUGUUCUUCUUGUUGUUGUUGUAGUAAAGAAUUGGCUCCACUAGUUGGUCGUAAUGAAUGUGGAGCUGAUGGCACAGAUAAUGUUUGAUUUUGCGGCUGCAAUUAUGUUACAAACUUUCAUAUUGUACUAAAAUGCAUGAAAAUGCGGCCGAUACAAUUGCAAUUACAAUUAUAAUGUCACUUUAGAGAUCUCUAAAACCAUUAAAUUGUUGCGGAGUGCAAUAGUCAUAAAUUUUGAUUGCAAUGACAGUGAAAAAUGUGCAUUGUAACAUUUCUUGUGUCGUUGGAGUUAUUUUUACAUUGUGUUUGGAUGAAGCAUUUUUAAUGGAAAGUGUUAUUCUUUAUCAAUA